AUGUCAGAAAGAGAUCAAAGAAAAAAAGAAUUAGAGCAAACAAAAAAUGAGAUGAGAAAGAAGCUCGAAGAAUAUAAAAGAAAAAAUGAAGCAAGAAAUGUAUCAUCUUUUUCAACUACAUCUCCAACUACAACAGCAACAACAACAGCACCACCAACACCAGCUGAAGAUUUUAAUUCAAUUAUGAGUUCAAUUGAUCAAAUGGUACCAACACCAGCACCAGUAGCUCAACAACCAACUGAACCAGUUAAACCAGCUUAUAAACCAAAACUUUCAAUCCAAAGUUUAGUUAUAGAACAUGAUAUCCCACCAAAAGAAAUUACAUUAUAUUCAAAAGGAACUCAAACUGCUGAUCUUGAUGUAAAUAAUAUAAUUCCAACAACACCAGAAUUAGAAACUGCAAAUAAAUCAAAAUCAAAAUAUCAAUUAUUACAACAACAACAGGAACAACAAUUAAAUAAAGAUUUGCAAAACUUAUCAAUUAGCAAAGGUAGCGACUCUGCUGAUGCUUCUUCAAGCGCCGAAGUUGCUGAGGAAACUAAAGAACCAGAAAUCACUAUCCCAGAAUUAGACGAAUCUGAAAAACAAAAAAUAUUGGAUUCUGAAUCAUUCAAGUCUUUCUUUGAUAAAUCAUCUAGAGUCAUUGAAAGAGCUUUAUGUUUAGAUGAAUCUAUUGAUAUUUUAGUAGAUUAUACAGUUGCCGAUCAAAACAAUAAAGGAUUAUCAAAAGAACUUAAAUUAUUAGCUACAUUACAAGAUGAAAGAUGGACCAAACAUAGAUCAGUUACAGAUAUUAAUUGGUCAACUAAACACCCAGAAUUAGCCGUUACAUCAUACUCUGCAAAUGAAGCUGGUUCACAUGAUCCAGAUGGUGUUGUUUUAGUUUGGUCAAUAAAUAAUUAUUUCCAAAAACCAGAAUAUGUUUUUAAUUGUCAAUCACCAGUUAUGACAACAUUCUUUUCAAAAUACCAUUCAACAUUAAUUGUUGGUGGUACAUACUCAGGUCAAAUUGUAAUUUGGGAUACUCGUGCUAAAAGCACACCAGUCCAAAAAACACCACUUUCAAGUGUUGGUCACACACAUCCAGUAUAUAGUAUGGCAGUAGUUGGUAGUGCCAAUGCAAAUAGUUUAGUUUCAAUUUCUACAGAUGCCAAAAUUUGUUCAUGGAGUUUAGAAAAUUUAUCAGCACCAACAGAAACUAUUGAAUUAAAUGCACAAGCAUCAGGAAGCAAAACUGUAUCAUCAUCAGGAUCAUCUUCAAUUGCUGUUACCUCCUUGGUAUUCCCUGAAAACGAAAUGAGUCAAUUCUAUAUUGGUACUGAAGAAGGUGUUCUUUGUCAAGCAUCACGUCAUGGUAAUAAAAUUGUUAUGAACGAACGUUAUAAAGGUCACUUUGGUCCAAUUACUUCAGUUGAUUUACAUUCUGCUAAAGGUUCCAUCGAUUUUUCACAAUACUUCCUCAGCUCAUCCACUGAUUGGACUGUUAAAUUAUGGUCAUCUAAAAAAGAAACUCCAUUAUACUCAUUCGAAGAUUAUGUAGACUAUGUAUAUGAUGCUAGAUGGUCACCAGUUCAUCCAUCAAUAUUCUCAACUGGUGAUGGUUCAGGUAUGCUUUCUCUUUGGGAUCUCAAUCAAGAUUUAGAAGCUCCAAUUUUCCGUCAUAAAAUUUCAAAUAGAUCCGUUAACCGUGUUUGCUGGAGUAAUGAUGGUAAACGUAUUUUAGUUGGUGAUUCAGGCGGUUCAUUAUCUCUCUUUGACUCUAGCGAAUUCUCCUCACCUUCCUCAGACGAAUAUAAUCAAUUUGAAGAUGUCAUCAAUAAAAUGGUUUCAAAAUCUUCAUCAGACUCACCAUUAUUAGGUUCAAAUCACGAUAACAAUGAAUCUCAAGAAUAA